UUUCGCUCUUUUUCUAUAAUUAUUGUGAGCAUUUAGACUGUGCCAUUGUAUACACUCAAGUGUUGGGAUAGUUUGUUCCUGAAAUGUUAAGAUAUAGCCAAUUCGAAUACAUUUUUGUUUGAAGUAAAGUUAAAUAGUAUAAAUAAGAGAAAUAUAUGCUUACUGGACAUUAAGAACAUGGCAAGCAUUUGGCAAAGUGCAAGGCUGUUUGAAGAUACAAAUAGCUACAUUCUAGAAAAUGGGAUACUUAGUGACGUCACGUUUUUGGUGGGAAACGACAAAGUAGAGGUAAAAGCACACAAAGUGAUACUGGCAGGCAGAAGCCCUGUGUUUUAUUGCAUGUUCUGUGGAUCAGUGCCAGAGACUAGCGACAGCAUUUUGAUACCAGACAUCGAAGAAGAUAUUCUGAAAGAACUUCUUAGUAUUGGGAAACUUUGGGGUGCUCUAAAUGACGUAUCAGUACGCUUUGAGAUUUUAUUUUUGUUCUUUGUCACAGGUUUUGUGUACACAGAGCAAUGUCAUAUUACACAUGAUACAGUUAGUGGUCUAAUGUAUGCCGCAAAUAAAUACGAAUUACAGCGUCUGGUGGAGAAAUGUACAGACUACCUUAAAGCAGAAAUGUCUGUUGAAAACGUGUGCGUGAUCUUAAUGCAUGCCCAUCAAUUCAAUCUGAAUGAAUUGACAGACAAGUGCUUCAAAUGUAUAUUUGCUAACAUUGACGCUGUUUUAAAACAUGGGGAGAUAAACUGUCUAUCAAAAGAAGUACUUCGAGAGUUGCUCCAGUCUGACUACUUCUGUGCAGAUGAGCUAGAUAUCUAUGAAGCUUGUAAGGAUUGGGCUGUAGCAAACCUCCAGGGAAACAAAGAUACUGAUAUUUGUCAUUCAGCUAUAAGAGUAAAACUUGGAGACCUGUUGUUCCUCAUCCGCUUUCCGCUAAUUGAUCCAGACAAAUUUGCUCAUCAAGUGUCAAAUGAAAACAUUCUUUCCCCUGAUGAAAAGCUUUCCGUCUUUCGGAGCCUUUUCGAAAACACCCCGAUAAAUCAGGAAAUUUUGUUCUGUAAAUCUUUAAGACGUAAGCAAACGGAGGGUAUAACUGUUGAUAGGUUUAAAAGCUUUAUAAUCGAUUGGCACAAUUCGUCACAGUUACAUGGGAUAAACUUCAAAGUCUCGAAAUCUGCGGUGUUGGUAGGCGUAAGCAUGUUCACACCGUCAGAAAAAGGAAAUAUUGAAGGGUUUGUAAGAUUGCAAGAGGGUGACGAUGUAAUGAUGUUCAAAGACAUCGCACUUGAAUUUCAGGACAAUAUAAUAUUCAGAGAUAUUCGUUUUAAAAAGGCUAUUACAUUAACACCAAAUAGAACUUAUACAGUUGUGCAAUGUAUGAGUGGUAAAGACUCGUUCGCUGGUCACCUAUGGCGGAGGCAAC